AUGACCAUUUCUUUAAAAGUAGAGUUCCUUGGAGGCUUGGAUGUCAUAUCUAAAAAGGUAAGAGAACAUAAAGUCAAGAUACCGUUUGAAGAAGGUGAGGCUACGAUGAAGGAGGCAAUCGAAUGGAUCUGCCAGAAUAUCAUAGCAGAAGAAAAGGAUAUUGAAGUUUUCAUUGAAGACGAAACUGUUCGUCCAGGUAUCUUAGUAUUGAUUAAUGAUACUGAUUGGGAGUUGGAAGAUAAAGAAGACUAUGUCUUACAGAAUGGAGAUGUAUUGACUUUCACCAGUACAUUACACGGAGGUUAG